CUUUUCCACACCACUGAAGACGGGUCCCCCAAAACACAGCUGCGCCCUCUCAAUAUUUGAGGGUGACGCGUCUCAGCUUCCAAUCCUCCGAAAUUGAGCUUCUUUCAAUCAAAUUUUCGAAUUAAAGGAGUAAUUCGACAUGGAUUCAGACAACUGGCGCGUCAAGCGUGACUCUUCCGAGGCCGCAGCCAAGGAACAGAGUCAAAGAAGCCCGUUUCAACGCGGUAACUGGAGUGCGAGAGGUCGGGGAGGUGGUUUUGAGCAGAGAUCGAGUCCGAGAAGCUUCCAGCAGAGGCACCAAACACCGUCACGUGAUGGGUUCAGAAAGCCAAUCAAUGACACUCAGGCAGAACAGGCCAUUGAUGAAGGCCGCCGGUUGUAUGUCGGGAACAUGCCGUACCAGGCGACGACCAAGGAUGUUGAGAAGCUGUUCGAGGAUGUUCUUGCUGGUGUCCAAGCCAUCAACAUUGCGGUCGACCCUAUGACUGGACGGAAUCCUUCUUAUUGCUUCGUUGACUUCAAGACUAAGGAGAUGGCUGAGCAGGUCAUGGAAGAGUAUGAUGGCCGUGAUUUUCAGCGUCGCCCGUUGAAGGUCAAGCCGGGUAUCAGAUCGGGUACCCUCACUCGUCGUGAUUUGCGUCCUGAGAAUAGUUUGGGCGACAACCCUUUCAUGAAAGAUCGCUGGAACCGUCUCGAUGCAUCAGAAGACUAUCACAUAGCUGCAGAUGAAGGUCGGAGGCUCUACAUUGGCGGACUCCCAAGGUUCGAGAACGAUGAGGACACCAAUAAGCAGAUUCGCUCCUUAUUCGACGGUUUCGGCGUUGAGCUAGUUAGCAAACUAAAAUCGCCACAUGAUGCCAUGAAAGAGAAGCCUGGCAAUCAUAACUACUGCUUCGUCGAUCUUGCUUCUGCUAGUGAUGCUGAGCCAGCCAUCAAGGGCUUAGACGGGAAUGAAAUGUGGGGUUGGCAUAUCAAAGUCAAUCAUUCGACCGGUGUGUCUGGCAAGAUCGGAGAGAGACGACGACUAUUCGUUGGUGGCCUGCCUGAGUUUGCUGACCAAGGAGCUACUGAGGCUGGUGUCAAGGAGUUAUUUGAGGGGUUUGAGGUCUCGAAAGUCAGCAAACUGUUCUUGCCUCGUGAAACGAGUGAGGAGCGAGAAGGACAUCACUGCUAUUGUUUUAUCGAACUGGCUGACGAUAGCCAAAUUGACAAGGCAAUAUUGGAGUUGGACUGGAAGGAGAAGUGGGAGGGAAAGGUUCGUGUCAAGCCAGCUACCUCAAACCCCAAAGGUUAUCAAAGAACUGGACUUGGUGGAUGGGGCAUGAGGAAGGAAUGAGAACGGGACGAGUUUGAGAUUAUUCCUUCAUUAAGAAAUAGACUAGCGACGACCUGGAGGUGACCUAGAAUAGCGGGUAGAUGAGAGAUGUGCCGGAUUCUGCUCCUGUGCUUCUCAUGCCCAUUAGAGCUUCUCAGGACCAAGCCGGGCCAGCAUCUCUGCUUUAGAAAUGAUACCAGAAUGUGACUCAAGUGAAGCCAAUGUGCC